CGGCCGCGCUCGGCCUCGCCCCCCAUGUGCACGGGGCAGACGGAGAUCAAGGAGACUUUCAAGUACAUCAACACGGUGGUGUCCUGCCUCGUCUUCGUCCUGGGCAUCAUCGGCAACUCCACGCUGCUGCGGAUCAUCUACAAGAACAAGUGCAUGAGGAACGGCCCCAACAUCCUCAUCGCCAGCCUGGCUCUGGGCGACCUGCUCCACAUCAUCAUCGACAUCCCCAUCAACGUCUACAAGCUGCUUGCAGAGGACUGGCCCUUUGGUGUCGAAAUGUGCAAAUUAGUACCCUUCAUUCAGAAGGCAUCAGUGGGCAUCACAGUGUUGAGUUUGUGUGCCCUCAGUAUAGAUAGGUACCGAGCAGUUGCUUCUUGGAGUCGCAUUAAAGGAAUUGGAGUGCCAAAGUGGACUGCUGUUGAAAUUGUACUGAUCUGGGUUAUAUCUGUGAUAUUGGCUGUUCCAGAAGCCAUCGCAUUUGACAUGAUUACGAUGGAGUACAGAGGAAGGGAUCUUAGAAUCUGCCUGCUUCACCCCAUGCAGAAAACAUCCUUUAUGAUGUUUUACAAGCAAGCUAAAGACUGGUGGCUGUUCAGCUUUUACUUCUGUUUGCCACUGGCUAUCACAGCAUUUUUCUAUACUCUCAUGACCUGUGAGAUGUUACGAAAGAAAAGUGGGAUGCAGAUUGCUUUAAAUGACCACUUAAAACAGAGACGUGAGGUGGCCAAAACCGUGUUCUGUCUGGUACUUGUUUUUGCCUUGUGUUGGCUCCCACUUCACUUAAGUAGAAUAUUGAAGCUCACUAUUUAUGAUCAGAAGGACCCCAACAGAUGUGAACUUUUAAGCUUUUUUCUUGUGAUGGACUACAUUGGUAUUAACAUGGCUUCACUGAAUUCCUGCAUCAAUCCGAUAGCUCUGUAUUUGGUGAGCAAAAGAUUCCAAAACUGCUUUAAGUCAUGCUUGUGUUGCUGGUGCCAAUCCAAAGAUCUGUUGUCCCUGGAGGAAAGGCAGUCCUGUUUAAAGUUCAAAGCUAAUGAUCACGGAUAUGAUAAUUUCCGCUCCAGUAACAAGUACAGUUCUUCAUAAAACAAGCAUAAAAGGUAUAUUCUCUUACAUUAAUGCUGGUGCCUUUUAAAGUAAAAGUGGCAAUUACUUUUAACAAGAUGGUAACGUUUAGAAAAAUCUAGGUUUGUGUUUGCACAAAAACGGUUAUAAAAAAAAUAAUUCCCCCAAAACUGUGUCACGUUCAAAAUCAUGGAUGUUUAUAAAAUCGGCAUUUAUGGAACAUGAAGAAAAGCGUAGAAAGAACAAGUCAUUGUUAGCACUUGAAUACUUCUGAAUCAGCACUUCCAAAUGAUCCCCACUUCCUGUACAUUAAACGAUCAUUUGUAUUCACUAUAACAGUUGUAGGAACUGAAGUCACAGUAAUUACUAAGCAGUAUAAUAUAACGUUAAUUGGAUCAAAGCCAUUAUUAUAUAUAACUCAAUGUAUUAUCUUUUAUAAAGCAGAUUAACCACCAUCACUAUUGCGUUUUUUUUUUUUUUUUUCAAAUAAAACAUGAAAUACUUUGUAAUAGAAGUUUAAAUGUAAAAAAGUAGAAUUUUUAUCAGGGGUAUGAUAGAGGUAGCUAAUGAAAAUAUUAAAAGAUGCAGUCAAGUCAAA